CACAUUCACGCCACAAUACAAGGUGAAGACCCCACUUAACCCAGGUCUAGCUGAGUGAGUACGGACACCGGGGAAGGAAUCUGGAAACAUCUCACUAUAUCUUCUUAAUUCAAGAGGCAAACAGCAAAUUUCAGAGAUUCACCAUGAGACAUCUUGUUUUUCUUCUCUUACUUUUUUCUGUGUGCUUCUUCACUUUGAGUGAAGUUGUAGAUAAUAAUUUUAGUAAAUGCAAUGAGUUCUUUUUGAACAAUGCACCUCCUGACUUCACACCACCAGCGAGCGUCUCAGUCAAGCCCAUCUGUCAGUGUGUUUGGGUUGAGGAAAAUAAGAAACCUCAGAAAAAAUAUAUGUAUGCAACUUUGUACAGCACAACCUGGAAGAUCCCUGUCUACUCUGCAUAUGUGUUUGCCAGCCCAAAUGUUAUGAGACAAGACCUAUGGUACAUUGAACCUCAGCUGGAUGGAGAUUCUGAGCCAUGUAUGGGUCCUCAAGGCAGUGAUGACAAUAUUGGCCCUAAUCAGGCUGUUAAUGAUGAUUAUAAGAACAACAAAAAAUAUAACAAAGGUCACCUCUAUCCUGUGCUCCACACCAACAAUCGUCAUUCAAUGCUGGCCACAUCCACACUGACCAACGCGGCUCCACAGGAUUCAACUUUCAAUAAGAACGCAUGGCUGGGACAUGAGAGAUCUGUAACUGAAGACCUGAAAUCCUGUGUUAAGGCCUAUGUGGUGACUGGUGUAGUUCCUGACAUGAAUGCACCUAAACUGAAUAAUAGAGUCUAUGUGUCAAAGUAUUACUGGAGAGCCACCUGCUGUCUGAAGAACAAUCAGUACAUAGGGAAGGGCUAUUAUGGACCGGACAACAACGGAAAAGUGCAGGAAUUAAAAAUAAAAGAGCUUCAGCACAAGCUCAAUGGUUUUUACCAAAUACAAAAUUUUGAAGUUUUUCCAAGCGUACCAAAGCCACCUAAACAAGCCAAAAUCGACUCUCCGUGUAACUAAAAAACGGCACCUAAUCCAGUUUCAUUGCAGCUAAUAUAUCAGACACCAAUGAUCUUGGUCUAAUGUUCAUGUUUAUCUACUAUCCUAUUCCUUCUGACUUCUGAAAAAAAGGCUUAUUUUUAGACAGGCUUAAAAAAAGGAUAUUAUUUGAAAUGUCAGGUGAUUCUAAUGCUUGUUACUAGUCAAUAAACAAAAAAGCACUGUAAACAUGUUAUGUUCAUUUUACUCAAUAAAAUUGAGGCAACUUUUUGUAUCAGC